AUCUCCUCCCAUUUGAACUUUGGAAACUCUCUGCCGUAGUAAAGCGUUCCCAAGAUGUGCAUAGUUAUUCUUUCUGUUCUGUCCCACGUCUGCCUCUGGAGCUGUGCACUUCAGGAGCGAUGCUGCUGUUGCUGUGGAUAGCGUUAUUACUCACAUGGCCUGGCACAUUCAGCUUCACGAUCCACAACAUUAAGGAAGACCUGUGUCUGGAGGACUCAACUGAAGGAGGAGUUGAGUUAAAGACAUGCCGUCUGGACUCAGUCCUGCAGCAGUGGAUGUGGACCGAUCACUGGGUCCUAAUAAACACAGGCACCCUGAGGUGUCUUUCUUCCAUCCACAGCGACCCAGUCCAGACUAUCAGCUGUGAUUCUGGUCAACAUAUCAAAUGGCAGUGCAAAGCUCAACAGCUCAUCAGCCUGAAAAAUGCCCUGGCGUUGAGCUCAGAGAGAGGAAAUCUCAAACUCAACAGGGGUGAACACAACAUCUGGAAGUCUCUGGAUGCGGCUGAUAUCUGCCAGAACAAACUGAGAUCCAGAAGAGACAGUGAUUUAGAGGCCGACGACGAGUUUGACUUUGCUGAAGGGCCGCCUGCACAGGGAAUGACAGAGGCACAGAUGAAGUUUUUACAGUGGUAUUACCGCACAGAGGACCCAGCAUCAUGGAAGUUUGGCAUGAUGGGAUUUGCUUUUCUGGGUCUUCUGAUUGGUGCUAUGCUGUUGGUCAUGGGCAUGAUGGCUAAUAGGAACAGGAAGCAAAUAGCCAAGUACAAAGCAGCCACAAAAUUGACAGAGUUGAACCCUGAAAUGGAGGGGUUGCAGGUCAUCGUCACUGAUCAGGUUACACAGGUCAAAGAGGAGAAAAGCCUUUCCAUCUCAUCCGAACACAUCACAACACACAACAGCCAUAAAGAUUGGGAAGAGCCUUCAACCAACAGCAAAGCCUCAGAGGAAAUGAAGCCUGGAGAAAUUGUGGUGACCUGGAAGGACGGGAACGUGUCUACUUUGUAUCCUGAACCGGAAUCGGAGGGGGAAGGUGAACAGGACGUCCACAACACAGAUGAGGAGACUCUGUCCCAAAACUCCCCCCAAGUGAUAGCUUCAUCUGAGGCUAUUGUGUUUUAAUAUAGUCCUGUUGUUUGCGUAUUACCCAUGGUUUCCCUAGUCCAAAAUAUAUGCUUAUAGCCUUGGGUCAAGCAAUCAGUGUCAAUAUAAUCACACAUAUAUUCAGUUUAGU